GCUGACGACACCACCGUGUGGUCGACAAAAUAAAAAGGAGAGAGAGAUGGCCCUGUUGUCUCGCCCUAUGGCCGCCGCACCAUUCUUCGUCGUCGUCCUUCUCGUACUCGUGGCGGCAGAGAGGACGAUGGGCAGGGUGGUGGUGGAAGAGACGCUCUGCCUGUCGCAGAGCCAUGCCUUCAAAGGCGUGUGCCUCAGCAACACCAACUGCGACAACGUAUGCAAGACGGAGAAGUUCACAGGCGGCGAGUGCAAGAUGGACGGCGUCAUGCGCAAGUGCUACUGCAAGAAGGUCUGCUAGGGCAUGACCGGCAGCAAGCCCCAACCGUACGGCUGGUUGAUCCGGUUGCACACUGCACAGCUCGUUUGGGCACGCGGUCAUGUUCCGGCUUCUCGGCUUUAUUUAUUUCUUCUUUGUUAUAAUAAAUAGACUCUGUUAGUCACGUGCGUUUUAGUCUGGGUUGUACGUUAUUAAUUCUCUAGUGUAUUGUAUUUGCGCAACGCGCUGUACUUAACGUAGCCAUGUAUUCGCGUUGCGUGGUGGAGAGGC